CUCGCCUGACCCUCAUCAGACGCGACGCGUCCGCGAUUACGUACGGUGCACCACGCAACAAAUCAGAAGGUUCGUACACGUUUGUUCAGUCAUUUCGGACGUGAGAACGGAGAAAGAGACAUCACAGACAGGACCUGUCUAUCGAACACUGCCAUCAUAUAAAUUCUUUUCACUCGUUCUCGAUAUCUUUCAAACACUGUUUGUUUUUCGAGAAGGCUCUACAAGUUACAGAAAAUUUAUAUAAAUAUUAACACAAUUAUAAUCAGACCUGCCGCGUGCGAACUUUCCAUGCAGCGAGGGUGGAGGCAACACGUCCGAAGUGACUGACUGCAACGUGAUUAGCUGAAACACAUGGUCCGGUGAUUGUGAUCAUGAUUGCAAACCGUCUCGCGCCGAUCGUCACCCUCGUCCUCGUGGUUCUGCUGUCGACUAUCCAUCACGGAGAAGCAGUAAUAUGCUACAAAUGCAACAGCGCAUACGAUCCAAGGUGCGGCGAUCCAUUCAAUCCGUACAGUCUUGGAACGGUGAACUGCAGCUUUCGACCCCGCUUGAACCAUUUGAGCAACCUGGCGCCGACUCUUUGUCGAAAGAUCAGUCAAAAAGUGUACGGGAAGGUCAGGGUUGUCAGAGAUUGCGGAUACAUAACGGAUGCGAGAGACGAUGGCGAUUGCUUAGUAAGAUCAGGCACUCACGACGUUCACGCAGUCUACUGCGCUUGUACCGGUGAUCUCUGUAACUCGGCCGAAAGCCACACACCGUCCUUCUUACUGCCGUUGACAUCCUUGUUGAUGGUUAUUCUGGCGAUGCCGAGUUUCCUCCUUUCGUACCCGUUUGCAAUACCUGUCUUAACCUCGCCGCACUUCUCCAUAGCCUAAACUAUUCAGCCACCAGCGGAUAACACAUAACGCCUAAAAACUGAAUCAACGAUUCAAUAGAAAAGACCGUUCGGAUCCAGAACAACACGUUCUUUGCCUGCUCGUUUAUAAUUGAAGCGCGUACAGGUUAGAUAGCGAUCGAUUUUAGAUUCUAUUAAGGAAAGAGGGAUUGAGAAUAAUCGAUGGAAUUCAAACAAAAGUUUCAGUUUCGGAAACCAAAUGUUUCGUUAGUUUCGUCAAAAUUGUAAAGUUGAAUUUUUUUACGUUUAUAACAAGUCCUAAUGAGGCAUGAGAACCGGAGGUUGUUAACGAGGUGAAAUGUAAUUACAGCUCCUCUGUUGUUAACAUUUUUAAAAAGAAUCGCUCAAUCGAGAGCAUGGUACAUAUAGAGAUAUAUAUUAUAUAUGUACUGUCCCAGGAUUCGAACGAAUUUCGCAAAAGUAGACAAAUUACAAGACAGUAGUUCUAACGGUGAUACAAACUGCCAGAUACGCGAGAGCGUACUUCAGUAGUACACUUCAGGAAGAUUUCAAUGGGAAAAAAUAAAAACAUACACACGGCCUCCGCACGUGAAACCACCCAAGAUAUCUCGCGUAAGCGUAGUAAGUAAGAGAUGGAAAAAAGUAAUUACAAUACCUAGAAAAGGAUUCCUCAAAGAAUAUAUAUAAUAUAUAUAUACAUAUAUAUACAAAUAUGUAUUAUAUUUUAUUGGAAGAGAAACAGAAAUGGAAUUGCACGCAAGAAGGAUAUUACAGCUUAUUUUUAGAAAAAUAACGUCGGGUUGCUUUCAUGAAUGCCUGGCACCAUACGCAAAUUUGUAAGAUACUCCAUGAGUAUGCGGGAAUAAUUUAAAAAAUAAGAAACAAACAAAAUAGAAAGACAUAUCUUCGACGAAUAAUUUAUUUUACACUUCGUUUAAACGAAGAUGAAAUAAAUAAAUAGAAUCCGGCAUUAUGAUUGCGACCCGUAUUCCGCUGAUUUUUGCAAUAAAAUGCUGUGUAAAACGAUAGACGGUAGCGGAGGCUCGCGAAACAAAGAAAAAGAGAUAUAUAUUGAUGUGCGUAUGUGUGCGUGUAUGGUAAGUGCGCGUUCGUUGUGUGUGCACGCGACUGCGUGCAUGUGUGCGUGUAUACGUAUACAAUUCGCGUCAAAGAAACGCUAAAAAAUUAUUAAAAGAUAUAAUAUAGUUCUAUUAAGAAGUGAAACGUUGCUACUUCUUCAACCGUAGUCAACUAAUAAGAAAUCAGUAAAUUAAAACAAAAAAAGAGCAUGGACAGAAAAUCAAAAAAUAACAGAAGAAAAAUACAAAAGUCGUAAACGAAAACUGUAAUGAAGAUGUAGAAACUAUCGUCUAUGGAGAAAGUAGAGGGUAAAGUAGAACGCUUAUUGAAAGAAACAAACGAAAAAAAAAAAUAAAAAUAUAAUAAAAACGAA